GCUCGAACAUUUCAAAGCAAGAAAAGGACGCCCUCUUGCUCAAUUUAGUUUGCCAUGGUCACGAAACGAGCGUCCUUGCCGACGCGUAGUGUAGACAUUGACAGCACCUGUUGCUCCGAUUUUGGGCAAUUUUUGCUACGCGUUUGUGUUUUAGUUCACUUGUCGUGAUUUAAUUUCUAUACGGGCUUGUAUUUAAAAAAAUAAAAAAAUAAAAAAAAAUUAAAAAUUCGCGGAUGCAGGUAGGCUGUUCAAAAAUAGAACUUAAUCCAGUCUGAUGCAGGCUAAAAGGCAGAGCGAAGCGUUACAGAUCUUGACUAGAGAGAUUAAUAUUAUAUAACUUAGUGACAGAUAAUGGAGGAAAGACCUUCCUCUCCGAUGCUACACCUGGACCUCAACAACUUUGACACAGGCGACGCCGAAGGCAGCAGGUACGUCUUGACGAGCCCGAGAUCUUUAGAAGCAUGUGCAAGACUUGGGGUCAAACCAGUACAACUUCUGCAUAAGUCGUUGGCCAGUUUCGUCGAUGACCACCGGAACGUUUCAUUAGGUGAAGCGACUUUGCUUUAUGAAGUGUACGAAAAAGAGCGCCGGAGGCUUUUGCGUCGGUGUCGCGAGGAGAGAGAGAAAAUCAUUGUUGAGGGUACGGAAAGGGGCCGGGGGUCGUCCGUUAAAAAACAAGCAGCUUUCGAGACUGACCUUGAGCAAGCCACCGAGAGCCAGAACUCUGAACACAAAAAGUUCCGAAAAACCGAGCUAGGUACCAGUUCUGGAACGAAAAACACCUUGGGCCACGGAAAGACCAGCAGCGAAUCAUCAGCAGGUGACAUGACUGAGCGCAAGUCUCUCAAGCCUGAGGGCACGAACGUUAGCCCCCGAGAGCUCACCGUCACCAGCCUGGGGGAUUUCAGACACACGCCAGCGACCGAGAGGAAACUGGAGAAGCUUGAGAGGGAGAUUAGAAAGGAGACUAGCGUAAUGGUGCCGGAGAAAGACCGCAAGAUCGCCGCGCUGAUGCUGCUGAAGCACGAGGACGAGCAGGCGCGCCUGCGGCAGAGCCAGCGCGCGGACGAGCAGCGCAAGGAGGCGCAGAGGAGGGAGCAGUUGGGGCGGUUGCAGGCAGAGCGUCAGCGGCGGAAGGAGCUGGAGCGCAGCUUGCGGAGGUGGCAGGCAGGGCAGGAGGCGCGGCGCCGGCAGCGGGAACGGGAGGAGGCGCUCCGGGCGGAGCUGCGCGAGCGGGAGGCGGCGGUGCAGGAGGAGCGCUGGAGACGACACGUGGAGGAGCAGUGCGCACAGCGGCGGGAGAGGCAGGAGGCGGCGAUGAGGGAGGCCCAGGAGCGCAAGCACUGCCAGGAGCGUCUGCUGAGGGAGCGGGAGAGGGAGGAGCGGGAGAGCCUGGAGAGGGAGAGCCGAGUGGCCGUGGAGAAGGAGCUGAGGGCCAGCAGGAGCCGGCUCGUCCAGGAGAGGAGGGAAUGGAAGCGGGUGCACCAGGGGAACCAGAGGCAGCAGCUCCGCCACCUCCUGCUCAAGCAGGUGGUGAACGACCAGGCCCUGGCCGAGGAGCUGGCAAAGAGGAGCGCCAUGGAGCAGAAGCUGCGGCGUUCCCAUGACAACCGCGAGCAGGCGGCGGCGGCGCAGCAGCAGGAGCUGAAGGAGCGGUCGAUGCGCGAGGAGGAGCAGCUCCAGGAGGCCCGCGUUCGCGCGAGCUGGCAGGAGCGGCAGGAGCAGCGGCAGAAGGAGGCGCUGUCCCAGCUGAGCGAGCAGCGGCAGGAUCGAGCGGCGAAGCUGGUCGAGGAGCAGCGGCAGGAGAAGGCCAGGCAGGCCCGCCGGGCCAACCAGGAGCGGGAGCGCUCGCACCGGCUGCACAUGGAGAGGGUGCGCCAGGAGGAGGAGGGGCUGCUCCUCCAGAGGCAGAGCGGCAUCGCCCGCAAGGAGAGCCGGAGGGAGCGGCUGCGGCGGGAGAAGGAGGAGGCGCUGGAGGAGGCCCGCAAGGUGGCCCGCGCCUCCUUUCAGAUGCGGGAGAAGGUGAGGGAGCACACGCAGAGCAGGGCCUUCCACCAGAUGGACCUGGAGGCCCAGCUGUGUGCCGGCCUGGACCGCGUUCAGCUCUGAGCCACUGCUGGCUGCACGCUGUGUCCUGGAUGUCCUAAGCACCCCCAGUUUUUGAUUGGGACACCCAAAUUUGGAGGUUCCCCUACCAGUCCACGAUCUCAAUCUCUAUUCGCCGAAGCCCCCCUCCCCGACCUCCCACAGACAAGCAAUUGCAAUCUCCCCUUGGUCCACUUGCAAAUUUUUCUGAUACAGCCGUGAUGACCACAACUGUUUGACCCAGGUCUGUUUGUCACAGGGAUGGAGAUUUUUUUAUAGUGAUUGAACGACAUGGUCAUUAUCACACUGGCAGUGACGUGACGCAUUCUGCACAAAUGAUUCUCUCAUUUAGCGAGCACUAGCCCUGCCUGGCUUGGUUAGUUUCCUGUUGUCUAAGGACACCUCUGUGCUGCCAAAUGGACAAUGGGAGGUCUUUUUCUACAACCACAGAACUCAUGACAGACAUGACAGUCAGCAUAAUAGGAUGCCUGAGGCCAAAUUUCAUAGCUUUUUUUGUCUGUUUGUUUUCGUAGCUUUAAUGGUUUAUUCCAAAAGUGUUUUUCCCAUGUGGUCUCACAGAAGGCACACAAUGUGUUGUGGUAGAUAGGAGAAAGAUCACACUCUGAGGACUGAUUAGACAGCACUUUAAAACAGGGGUCCUGGGACACCCAUGUUUUCGCUUUUUGUUCGAGCCACAAUUGCAUCUGCUGAAUCGUAACAAGCUGUUAAUCAUUCUUCAUGUCCAGGGGGAUGAUUUGCCCUCUAAAAGCCCCAUUAUGUCUGAACUAGCGGUGCAUGCCAUGAAUUAGCCUAAUGGCCUUUAUUCAUAUCCCAGGGCUAUCAGCCUAUCAACUAACCAUUUCAUUUUCUGUAACGUGCUGUAGUAAAUGAUUCCCUUUGAAAGAGGCUGCAUUAUUUGAUUAAUUGUAAACUGACAGGUGAAACUGGUGGAAUCACAAUUGCUGAAAGUUAAAACAAACCAAGAGAGGGAAACAAGCCAAACCCACAUUGUGUUAAAGUUUCCUGGAAAAUGUGGAAGAACGUUUAUCAGAAUAAUGGCUGUCCUCCCCAGAAAAAAAAAAAAAAAA